ACUUAUUUGUUUCCGAAACCCAAGCCCCAAGCCAAGGUUGCGUUCUCAGAACUCUUUGCCUAUUUCUGAAGAUUAAUACCUUUAGAACCAUUACUAUGACAUGUCUUUUCACAACUCGAAAGGGGUCUCUCUUAAAUUUAAAUCGCCUCUAAAGAAUGACUCCCAACCAGUAAAAUUGGAAAAAGAUGCAAUUGAAGAGUAUCAAGUAUUAGUAAAAAGAGAUGCAUCUCUAGAUGAUGACAUUUCAGUGUUGUCAUCCACUUGUGCAUCCUCAUCAAAUAAUGUCGCCAGUGUAGUGAGUUUGUUACAUGAAUUCAAUGAUAUCAAAGAUGUCACUCAAAUUGUAUUAGGAAAGCUGGCCUCUGUACAAGGGAAAACUCUGAAAGAAUUACACGAGCAAUUUGGACUUGAAGAUCAAGAAUGAGAAGAAGCCAUGUCUUCAUUAGAUGAGAGCCUUCUCAGCAUGGAGAAGUUAGACCGAACAUCUCCAGAGCUCUGGCCUGAGCAGAUUCCUGGAAUGCUCGACUUUGCUCCCUUUUCAUCUUUUGCAACAAAUGGUGCCAAAGAUGCAUGGACAGCUGACUUUACAAGUGAAGAUAUGACUCUCCUGAAUCAGUUCAGCAACUUAUCUAUGCCUGCUCUUAUUUCUGAAGUUAAACGACUUCAUGAUUUAGCAUAUCAGCUGGGUUUAGAGGAAGCAAAAGAAAUGACUCGAGGGAAAUAUCUCAACAUCCUGUCAAAACGCCGUCGAUGAUUUUAAAAAUAUCUUUUAUUUGUAUUUAUCACCUGGUAUUGUCAGUUAUGUUAUUAUUAAGAGUUUGAAAAAUGUUUUGAGUUUUAUUGUCCUGUUUUGUAAGUCCUGCCAGACAACCUUAAGUUAUAAGGGAGGAGUUAUUAAAUAAAUUUUUAAAAUUUAAGUCACCAUUUGAGACCAUAAUUCAGAUUUUGUUUUGUGUCUUGUUCUAUUAUUACAAAUAUUUGUUUGAGGUUUUGAGUUAAUAUACAAUUAAAUAAGUCUCUUGACUCUUGUGUAUACUUGAAUGCUUUGAGUUCAUUACCAUAUUUGAUGAGUCCCUCAAAAGUUACGUAAGCACUUCAGCAAGUUAAGAGCAAGGGUGGAGCUAAUUCUGUAUUUUGUAUUUUUUCCGAUUUUGAAUGUAUUGUGGUCUUAAGCUUACUCAAACCAAAUCCAUAACAAGCAUUGUUGUCAAGUGAGAGAUGUGUAAUUGCCAGCAUUUUAAGUGGGUCUUCUGACUCCUAAUCAAUCGAGUUAUGUAAUAAAAUCAGUCGGAAUUUGUUUAUUA